AUGGGAGGUCGACGGUCACAUACGAAAUCCAGAACGGGAUGCACCCAAUGUAAAAUCCGCCAUAUCAAAUGCGAUGAGCGGCCGCCGCAAUGCUCCAAUUGCGCCCGCAGGCAGAUCGAGUGUGAGCUGGCGGGCAGACGGCCUCUCGGCUCUCAUCCUACGCCGGCUCGAUCACCUGGGCUAUCAUCUUCGGCAAGUCAUCGCAGUCCUGUUUCGCCACUGUACGCUCCCUUAUUUACAGUGGAUGCGGCAGUCAGGACUCCGUCAGGGCUCGAUAUUAGCGAUCUGGAGCUCCUGCACCACUACACCACUGUGACCUACAAGACACUCCCAUCAGGGUCAAUGCUUGACCUUCAUGACCUGUGGCAGAUCAAGGUCGUCCAGCUAGGGUUUAAACACGAAUUCCUUCUUCGUGGCAUUCUGGCGGUUGCCGCACUCCACCUUGGCCAUCUGUACCCGAAUCGGCAGGAGGCCCUCGCGCUGUGUGCCACAACCCAUCAGAGUAUCGCUCUGGCAGCCUUCCACGAUGCCCUGAACCGGGUUGAUACAUCCAACUGCGUCGCCAUCUUUGCUUUCUCCUGCUUCAUCGUCGUCUUGGCUUUUGCUACCCCACGCAGCCCAGAGAGCAGUGGUUUUCAGAAAGAUGUUUUUGACUGGUUCCACAUGGUCCGGGGUUGCAACUUGGUCCUGCAGACGCAGUGGGAGACAGUGUCACGCAGCUGUCUGGCUCCUCUGGUGAAAAAGGGUAUGAUCCACGAAGCUGCUGGAUCGCACCGGACUCCAGACCAUGACCGGGUGACGGACCUGUUGCGGCUCUGCGCGUCGGAGCGCUUGGCGCAGGACCGAGAGAGCUCCAACGCCUAUGCACUGGCCGUUCACGAGCUGCUCAAUACAUAUACCCAGGUCUCGAUUUUGACCGAGCGUAAACAGGACUUCGUACCGAUGAUCUUCGUCUGGCCCAUUGCCAUCCCGCAGCGUUACCUCGAUCUGCUGCGCGAUCGACAGGCGGAGGCCAUGAUUAUCCUCGCCUACUAUGCCGUGCUGUUGCAGCGAAUUGACGACCAGUGGUACAUGCGCGGCUGGGCGCGUUACUUGGUCGUUCAGAUAGAUGCCGCCCUGGGAGAGGAAUGGCGGGAUUGGCUGGCGUGGCCCAAAAGCGUUACUGGCAUUUCGUCUUGA